AUGGCUCCCGUCUUUCGUGCUGAACAAAUUGGUUCUCUUCUCCGGCCCGAGGAGUUGUUGGCUGCCCGCGACGCCGCUGGACUGACACAUGUCUAUACGAGGACCACCGUGUCGCAAACCCUCCAGCAGGUGACGGAGCAGGCGAUCGCCAGAGUGGUCGAGCAGCAGCAGGCUCACAACAACCUCCAUGGACUCCAAAUGAUUCAGGUGCCCAUUCCCGAGGGAUAUCGCAGCGGGCUCCCGACCACCUCCACCCUCGUCAAAUUGGGGAUUCAGAGUCGGGAUGCGACGGUUGCUGUGGGCAAGAUCCAGCAUGUCCGCAGUCCCUAUCUGGCUGACUGGGAGUAUCUGCGUAGCCUUGUGCCGCGAGAACAGUGGAAAGAGUGUAAGCUGAGCAUGCCUUCCAUCACCUGGCACCAUCAGCAUCUGCGGGCCGGUACCGUAUUCACGGCCUCUAGUCCGUAUACCACCGACAAGGAGUACUUUGCGGAUCUUGCAAAAGCGUUUGCAAAGGAGUACCGGAUCCUGUACGAUGCCGGGCUGCGCUCGAUUCAAGUGGAUGAUCCUGCCAUGACCUUCUUUGUCAUGGACGAGAUGCGAUCGGGGUGUUUGGCGGACGGCAUCGAUCCGGACGAGCUUCUGGACCUGUAUAUCUGGGCGCACAAUGAGAGUCUCAAGGACCGGCCUGCGGACCUACACAUCGGAGUGCACCUCUGCCGGGGCAAUAUGCCUGGGUCCACACAUAUUCUUAGUGGAUCGUAUGAGCGCAUUGCAAAACGCAUGUUCACAGGGCUAGACUAUGACACAUUCUAUCUCGAAUAUGACACGGAGCGGGCAGGCGACUUCCACCCGCUGCGGCAUUUGCCGGUAGGCAAGGACGUGGUGCUGGGAGUGGUUUCGACGAAGGAGACAGCGAUGGAGAAUGUGGAUGAGUUGGAGGCCCGGGUGUAUGAAGCCGCCGACGUGAUUGCGCACGGUCAGGGACGGAGCCGACAGGAGGUGCUGGACAGCACGCUAGGGGUGAGCCCGCAGUGUGGCUUCUCGAGUGCGAGCCGAGGCCGGGGAAUUGGAAUGACAGAGGCGUGCAUGUGGGAGAAGCUGCAACUGGUGCAGAAAGUAGCUGAGCGGGUGUGGACAAGCAGCAGCAGCAGCAGCAGCAGCUAGAGAUGUUACCAGUACGACUAAGGGAUCGGUUAGGGGGUUGCGUGUCAGAAUAAUGAAGAUGAUCAAAGCGGACAUGAUGUCCGGCUGCCAGGCACGCCAGUUGCAUGAUGCAGUGCGCUAAGAAGACUGGUUGUUCCUGCCAAAGUUACUAAUGGCUGGCGUCCUGCAGGACGGCCCGCACGUGGCCGACUUGUUGGACUCCGACGGUCCCCGUCAACACCCUCUGAGUGACAAUGGACCCUCGGCUUCGGCACAUUCCCCUUCCAAGCGAUGCUUGUUCUUUCUGCACAACUCCUGAUGGACUAGCUAUAUAGCCUGCCUGUCGCACGGGCAAUUAGUCUGAUC